UUGCUGAGGUUUUCUCGCACGCACACAUACACACACACACACACACACUCAGCUGGAGGAGGGGUUUUACUAUAACUGUGAACACUGCAGUGUUUCCAGACGUUCAGUGACUGUACAUUUCUGCCUGCAUUCCUGCUGCUUUUCCAGCUUUUUGCUUUCGGUCUCGGCCAGUCUGAACAUGUUCUACACUUGCGGUCCCAACGAGGCCAUGGUGGUCUCAGGCUGUUGCCGCUCUCCUCCACUUAUGGUUGCAGGAGGACGAGUGUUUGUCUUCCCUUGUAUUCAGCAGAUUCAGAGGAUAUCUUUGAAUACUUUGACUCUUAAUGUGAAGAGUGAUAAGGUCUACACCAGGCAUGGUGUCCCCAUCUCAGUGACUGGCAUUGCACAGGUGAAAAUCCAGGGCCAGAAUAAGGAGAUGUUGGCUGCAGCCUGCCAGAUGUUCUUGGGGAAAUCAGAGAUUGAGAUUUCCCAGAUCGCCCUGGAGACACUGGAAGGCCAUCAGAGAGCCAUUAUUGCUCAUCUGACCGUGGAGGAGAUCUAUCAGGAUCGUAAGAAGUUUUCAGAGCAAGUGUUCAAGGUGGCUUCUUCUGAUUUGGUCAACAUGGGUAUUGGUGUGGUCAGCUACACACUUAAAGAUGUUCAUGAUGACCAGGACUACCUGAACUCUCUUGGUAAAGCUCGCACAGCCCAGGUGCAGAGAGAUGCCCGCAUCGGAGAGGCUCAGUACAAGAGAGACGCAGUGAUAAGGGAAGCCCAUGCACUGCAGGAGAAGGUUUCUGCACAAUACAAGAACGAGAUUGAGAUGGCGAAAGCUCAGAGAGACUAUGAGCUAAAAAAGGCUGUCUAUGAUACGGAGGUUAACACUAAGAAAGCAGAGUCUGAGAUGGCCUAUCAGCUUCAGGUGGCCAAGACAAAGCAGAGGAUUGAGGAGGAGAAGAUGCAGGUGCAGGUGGUGGAGCGCACUCAGCAGAUCACUCUGCAGGAGCAGGAGAUCACCCGCAAGGAGAAGGAGCUGGAGGCCAAAGUCAAGAAGCCAGCCGAGGCGGAGAGAUACAGGCUAGAGAAACUCGCUGAGGCCGAAAGGCUGCAGCUGAUCAUGGAGGCUGAAGCUGAGGCUGAAUCUAUUAGAAUGAAGGGUGAGGCAGAAGCGUUUGCCCUGGAGGCUAAGGGCCGUGCUGAGGCUGAGCAGAUGGCCAAGAAGGCUGACGCUUUCAAACAGUACAAGGAGGGAGCCAUGGUGGACAUGCUGCUGGAGAAACUGCCCCUGAUGGCAGAAGAGAUCAGCAAGCCCCUCUCAGCAGCUCAGAAAGUCACCAUGGUGUCCAGCGGAGGAUCAGAGGUAGGAGCAGCCAAGCUGACAGGAGAGGUCCUGGACAUCAUGAUCCGCCUGCCUCAGACUGUGGAGAAACUGACUGGAGUCAACAUCUCUCAGGCUUCGUCCACCCGCAUGGGCUAAACAAGAACCUGGAGAAGUGAGAAGAAGCUGUUCACUAAUGGAUGCUGUGGUCACCUCUCCUCCUGUUUGUGUGUACACUUGCAUGUUCUAAAUGUUCUAGCUCCUGGAGCCUUAUGAUAGCUGUAGGCAUUUUUAGGAGGGAUUUAUUACCCUUUAUCUUUUUUUAUGUCUGUUUUUAUUUGUCAGCAUUUCAUUUUGUAUGGAAAAUUUUCCCCCAAGCUCCAGCUGAAUUAUUCAGGUAAUUACUGUUAGUUGUGUAAAAGAGUGCACCAUUACUAUAGAAUUGCUGCUUUUAUUUUGACGUCUCUGUAUAAUAAGCAUGCUCCUACUAAUAGUUAUAAAAUCCCAAAGUGCAUUUAACCAGUGUAAUCCUCACAUAUUAACUGUCUAACUGUUACUGAAGCUACUGUCCUGUGUGCAUACUACUAAUGGCUUUACAAACCUCAAUACUUGUUUAAACAGUAUUCAAUAACAAUCCUUUUUGUUACAUAAGCAUAUUGAAGGUUGUGAAAUCUUUUAUUUUAGCCAAGGUAAAGACAGAUGGCAUAGGAUAUGCAUGUAAAAUAACUCACUGCUCACAAUUAAAUCACAGCUGUGAGAUUUUUAUACUUUGCCCUCAGUGAAAUAGAAAUGUGUUAAACAUGUAUUGAGAUUUGUACAGCCUGACGUGUGAAUGGCGUGCUCAAACCAAUGUGAUUGCUCAUCCUGCCUUUAUAGUGCCCUCUUUUACUGUUACUGCUUCAUUGUUCACUACUGUUCCUGUUCACUGUGCACUAGGUAGCGAAUGUUUCACUCUUAAAUUUAUAAUAUCAGUGACCAAAACCUGCACUUAAUGAUAGGAAAGGAACGCAGCUGAAUGAGAUCUGCAGAAACCUUGCAGAGAGCAGUGGAAGGAAAUGUAACAGAGGAGAGAAAUGAAGUGGGUUAAAGUUGGCCACAUCUAAGUGAAGUCUUUUAAAUGUAGGUCAAGUACUGAGAGGGAAAUUUUACUCAUUUGACCUUAACCUCAAAAACAGUUUUAGUUAGUACAGAGAGAAAGAUGUGAAGGACACACAAUUUCUCUCUUUAGUCUAAGUUGAAGUGUAAUUUGCUAGCUAUUAAUGCCAGAUUCAUCUGCAGUGUCUGCCUUCAGUUACCACCAAGUGCCUAAAUACAGAUUUUAUUCACAUUCUCGUACUGAUUCAAUUUAACAUCCGGAUAGCAUGCAUGCAUUUUAGACCACAUCUGUCCAGACCUAUUUUGCUCUUUUAUUGCAAUACUGCCACUCUCACUUUGUAGUGUUUCUGUCAAAUAAUUAUUGCAUUUCUGUUAUUUAUAUAUGUUAUCCUAUCCCAUACUAAACUCUUCUAAUUAUGUCAUGUCAGCACUGUAUUGUGGAAUACAAGACAAUAUAUAGGAAAGCAAAUCAAUAUGAUUGUUCAAGUUAUUUCAAAAUAAACUAAAUUCAGUAA